AUGAAUUUGAACGAAAUUCAUAAUCUAGUGAAAUGCUGUGUGGGUGAAGACAAGUUGUUUUCAGCUAGAGCCCUAUUGAAUUCGGCCCACAAUCUAACUUCUUAUCAAGAGCAGACUGAAUGGUUUUCUGGUCAGUGUGAGGUAUGGAAAAGUAAAUUUAUGGCAUCCAGUUUGAUGGUCGAGGAACUGGCAAAAUGGAAAUCAGCUCUAACGAAUAAAAUCAAUGAUUUACAGGAAGUUACAAAGACACUUUUAAGGAAACGCAGAAAAAUGCACAUUCAGGGGUUCAAAACAUUUACUUCAUUGAAAUGUAUCGCUGGAAGUCUAGCAAAUAAUGAAAAUCGGCCUGGAUUAAAAUAUGGAAGUAUCUUGGAAGUUACGAAUAUAAAUGUAGAAUUGAGUAAAUACAUAAGAGAAAAAAUGGGAUUAGAAGAGGAAGAACUUUUUGGGGAAACAAUGGAUACACAUCAACAAACAUUCGUUGAAAAAGCAACUUACAUGCUUAUUCAAAAUCCUCUCUCGAUUUCAACUAAACAAGACCUCCUGUGUUAUGCAGUUAUGGGCGCUGCUUCAUCUUUGGGAGGAAAUCAAUCAUUUCACCAACAAAUACAUUUAUAUCGGCAGAUGUAG